UUCGGAAGACAAUGCUGGUCUUAUCUAUCUUCUUUUCAUUGGGAUUUCUCUUUGUCUCUAUUCUGAUUCAUUACAUAUCAUCAAAAUUUAAGGAAAAUGAUACAAAAGAUCACUAUUCUUCGCUACAUGGUAGCAUGGGAUGGCCUUUCAUUGGGGAAACUCUUUCUUUCUUCAAACCUCAUAGAUCAGACUCCAUUGGGACAUUCUUGCAAAAACAUGUUUCACGGUAUGGAAAAGUGUUCAAGUCAAAUUUAUGUGGGGGAAAAGCCAUAGUAUCAUGUGACCAAGAACUCAACAUGUUCGUACUUCAAAACGAAGGCAAGUUAUUUGCAGCGGAUUAUCCAAAAGCGAUGCAUGACAUUCUCGGCGAGUGCUCCCUCCUAUCAGCCACUGGAGAUUUUCACAGGAAGCUUAAAAAUGUGAUUAUCAGCUUCAUCAAUCUCACAAAGUCGAAACCCGAGUUUCUUCACUGCGCAGAGAACAUCUCUAUCUCGAUGAUAGGUUCAUGGAAAAGUCGCGGAGUAGUCGAAUUCCAUAAAGAAGUUAAAAUGUUUACUAUAAGUGUUAUGGUAAACCAACUCUUGAGCAUCAGGCCAGAUGACCCAGCAAGGCUCUAUGUAUUGCAAGAUUUUUUAUCUUAUAUGAAAGGAUUUAUCUCGUUACCAAUACCUCUUCCAGGAACGGCUUAUACAAACGCUAUUAAGGCUAGGAAGAGAUUGUCGGCGAGGGUUAUGAGGAUGAUAAAAGAAAGAGAGCGUGAAGAAGAAGAAGAGAUGAAGAAGGGGAUAAGAGAAGAAGAUUUUCUAGAUGUGAUAAUUUCAAAUGAAGAUAUAAACUACGAUGAGAAAGUGGGCAUUGUGUUGGACAUUUUGCUUGGAGGCUUUGAAACAAGUGCUACUCUUCUUUCCUUAGUCGUCUAUUUCCUUGCUAAAUCUCCAAGUCUUCUUCACCAACUCAAAGAAGAACAUGAAGCCAUUAGAGCCAAGAAAGGAGAUGGAGAACUUUUGAAUUUGGAAGAUUAUCAGAAGAUGGAAUUCACACAAUGUGUGAUAUUGGAGGCGCUACGAUGUGGAAAUAUCGUCAAGAUGUUACAUAGAAAAGCCACUCACAGUAUCAAAUUCAAAGAAUAUGUGAUUCCAAAGGGAUGGAAGGUGUUUCCUAUACUCACAGCAGUACAUCUUGAUCCAUCUCUUCAUGAAAACCCUUUUGAAUUUAAUCCCAUGAGAUGGACCGAUAAGGCGAAGACGAACAAGAAAACGAUGGCGUUUGGAGGAGGAGUAAGGGCAUGUCCUGGUGGUGAACUUGGCAAACUCCAAGUUAUUUUAUUCCUUCAUCAUCUUGUCCUCUCUUAUAGGUGGAAAAUAAAGUCUGAUGAAAUGCCAAUAGCGCAUCCUUACGUGGAGUUUAAGAGAGGCAUGCUUUUGGAGAUCGAGCCAACAACAAGUUAAAUCCAAAUCAUUCUUAUAGAAGAAUAUUAUUAAUUAGUUGCUUUAAUAUAAGUAAGGAUAUCCAAUACUAUGAAAUGUUUAUUUAAACUUUAAAUAACUCCAAUGUCCA